GAACAAUAUUAACAAAUGACAACUGCCGCUCGUCCUACUUUUGAUCCUGCAAGAGGAAACGAUAAUGCUGCACCUAGUUUUCAAUAUAGUGCUCGUGAUUUAGCUUCACACACAAAACUUAAAUUUAGACAACCCGGUCAAGGAACAAUUGAGGAAAUUGGAAGUAGAGAAGAAUUAUUAGAAGAAUUAAGACGAGCUGAAAGAGAAUAUUAUGAAGAAAAAUCUGGAGGUGCUUCCACUACUCGUAUGAUUAAACAGCAACAAGAAGAACAACCAAAUGAAGAAAAGCAAAGAUUAAUGGCAGAAGCGGAAAGGCUAGCAAAACUAGAUAAAGAUGAAAGUGAUAAUGAAAGUGAUGACGAUGGGAGUGGUGGUAGUAGUAGUAGUAGUAGUGAUGACGAUGAUGAUGACGACGAUAGUGACGACGAUGACAACGCAGCAGAAUUAUUAGCUACUUUACAACGUAUACGAAAAGAGCGUGCAGAAGAGAAAGAACGACAAGAACGUGAAGCAAGAGAAGAAGAAGAAGCUGCAAAAGAAGCAGAAGCCAUGCGAGGUAAUCCUCUAUUAAACAUUGGUAAUGAAAAGCGUGACUUUAGUGUUAAAAGAAGAUGGGAUGAUGAUGUUAUUUUCAAAAACCAAGCAAGAGGACUAGAUGAUAAACCUAAAAAGAGAUUUGUAAAUGAUAUGUUACGUUCUGAUUUCCAUAGAAAGUUCCUUCAUAAAUAUAUUCAUUAAAUAAACAUGAUGGUUAAGAAUGGUCUGCUUGUUUCUAUAAAUUAGGAGGAAGAAACAUGUAUUGUACAUGAAGAUUAUUUAUUAUCAUAAAAU